ACAAACCUUCUCAUCUCUCCCAUAUCUUCUCAUCACCAACUCUUCCUACUAAUAAUAAUCCUAACAACCUUUAUCUUCUAUCAACAAUGACUAUCCCUUCCUCACCGGCACCCGGCGAAGGUCAGACCGUCUGCGUCACCGGCGCCGGCGGCUACAUCGCGUCAUGGCUCGUCAAACUCUUGCUCCAACGCGGUUACACCGUUAAAGGCACGGUUCGCAACCCAGAUGAUCCCAAGAACAUCCAUUUGAAAACACUUGACGGUGCUGCAGAACGCUUGAUUCUCUGCAAAGCAGACCUUCUUGAUUAUCAGUCCUUGUGUGCGGCCAUCUCCGGUUGCCAUGGUGUCUUCCACGUGGCAUCUCCGGUGACUGAUGACCCGGAGCAAAUGGUUGAACCUGCAGUGAAAGGCACAGAGAACGUAGUAGAUGCAGCGGCAGAGGCCGGUGUGCGCCGGGUGGUGUUCACAUCCUCCAUCGGCGCGGUUGCUAUGGACCCGAACCGUGGCCCAGACGUUGUUGUCGAUGAGUCUUGCUGGAGUGAUCUUGAGUUCUGUAAAAAAACCAAGAAUUGGUACUGUUAUGGGAAAGCAGUGGCAGAGCAAGCAGCAUGCCAAAGGGCUAAAGAAAAAGGUGUGGAUCUGGUGGUGGUGACACCGGUGCUUGUUAUGGGACCGCUUCUUCAACCUACAAUCAACGCCAGCAUUGUUCAUAUACUCAAGUAUUUGGAUGGAGCGGUUAAGACAUACACAAAUGCGGUGCAGGCUUAUGUUGAUGUCAGGGAUGUGGCCAUGGCACAUGUGCUUGUUUACGAGACACCCAGCGCUUCCGGACGGUAUCUCUGCGCCGAAUGUGUGUUGCACCGCGGUGAUGUGGUUGACAUCCUUGCUAAACUCUUCCCGGGAUAUCCCCUCCCUUCUAGGUAA